CAUGCGCAGAGGGUUCCCCGGCCGCCAUUUUGUUUGGCCGCCGCGGCUGGGGGCCGGGGAGGUUCGCUCAUUUCCGGGUUGGCGGAGGCAGGAGGCCCCGGCGCGGAGCGAGCGGCGGCGGCUCCGGAUCUGUUCUUGUGUGCGAGUUCCUAUCUGAGUGGAUUUGAUGUCUUACUCCAAUUCACUUGCCUUCUCGAUUGUUGUGAGGACAAGGUAUAUGAGGGACCAAACGCUCCGCGGACGCUAAGCAGACUGAGCCAGCCAGGAGUGGGAAAGGAUGCCAAUACCUCCUCCCCCUCCACCGCCUCCUGGCCCCCCUCCACCGCCAACCUUUAAUCAGGCAAACACCGAGCUCCCGAAGCUGAGCCGAGAUGAGCAGCGAGGUAGAGGAGCCCUGCUCCAAGAUAUCUGCAAAGGGCCCAGACUGAAAAAGGUGACGCAGGUCAAUGACCGGAGCGCUCCAGUCCUGGAGAAGCCCAAGGGAGGAGGCGGUGGCGGCUCCAGCUCAGCAGCGCUCCAGCCCAAAGGGGGCCUCUUCCAAGGGGGCGUCCCUAAGCUCAGACCCGUAGGAGCGAAGGACAACUCAGACAGCUCCUCUGGCAAGCAGUCGCUUCAGGUUCCUGGCUCCAGAUCAGCAGCCCCGAGGCCCCCGGUGCUUGUGACCAACAGCCGACCUCAUGAUGACUCCGACAACAACCGGGCUUCCCCUCCCGAGCUUCCCCGGAUGCAGAGACCCUCCUUGCCUGAUCUUUCCCGGCCCAACAGUGCCAGCAGUACCGGCAUGAAACACAGCUCGUCUGCCCCUCCGCCCCCGCCUCCGGGCCGCCGAGCCAACGCACCCCCUGCACCUCCUCCGAUGCAUGGCAGCAAAGCGCCUUCCUACAACCGGGAGAAGCCGUUACCACCAACUCCAGGACAGCGGCUCACCGCAGGCCGGGAUGGCCCCCCAGCACCGCCCCCCAUCAAGCCCCCCCCAUCCCCAGUGAAUGUCCGAACGGGGUCAAGUUCUCAGAACCAGUCUCUAGCUCCCCCUCCGCCCCCCUAUCGGCAGCCCCCCGGCGUUCACAAUGGCCCUUCCAGCCCUAUCAACGAGCUGGCCCCGGAGCUGCCCCAGAGACACAACUCUUUGCAUAGGAAAACCCCAGGCUCCGUGAGGGGCAUGGCCCCUCCUCCACCCUCUUCGGCCUCCCCGUCGCUCCAGAGCAAUCGACCCCCUCCGCCGGCCCGAGACCCUCCAAGCAGGGGAGCAGCCCCCCCACCCCCGCCCCCGCUGAUGCGGAAUGGUGGUCGUGACGCUCCCCCGCCCCCGCCCCCCUACAGAAUGCAUGGGUCAUCGGAGCCUCCGAGUCGAGGGAAACCUCCGCCCCCACCUACCAGGACACCGGCUGGGCCGCCCCCUCCACCUCCACCAGUGCGAAAUGGGCACAGAGAUUCCAUCGCCACCAUGAGAUCUUUCUUGGAUGACUUUGAGUCCAAAUAUUCCUUUCAUCCAGUCGAAGACUUUCCAGCUCCAGAGGAGUAUAAACACUUCCAGAGAACUUAUCCCAGCAAAACGAACCGAGCAACACGGGGGGCCCCGCCGCUGCCUCCCAUCCCCAGGUGAAGUCCAGCUGCACUGCCUGGUUGCUCCUUGGCGAGGAGACAGACCUCCUCUCCUUUCCUUGAAUGGACUUUCCCCCCUGCCCCUACGAACCUGCAUGAGAAGCUCCCAGUGUCUUGUUUUGUUUUUCCAAUGGUGCAAGGAACAAACAAACCCGGAUGAAUCCCCUCUCACCUCCAUCUAUGCAUUCAUACCUGGACUUACCUGGGUGAGUCCCUUCCUCCACUUUAUAGCUGCAGAUCCACGGGCUGCGCCGGAAAGAGGCUUCCUGCGCCACUUUGCAGAUCUGUGCAAAAAGACUCUCCUGGUCCACAAAGUUAAUAUAACGUAGGGUGAACUCCAAGCAAGAAAGCCCGUGUGUGAUGGCUUUGGGGCCAGAAACCAGCGUGGUGUGGCCAGUACCCCCCGGUGCUCCAUGCUAGGCCAGGGGCAUGUGGGGUGGGGGGUCGGAUUUGGAGAAGGGAGGGCAGGAAAGGGCCCGGGGGGGAGGGGGGUGUCCGAUUUGGAGACGGGAGUGUAGGAAAAGGGAUGGGUUUUUGAAAAGCGAAAUGUCUAGAACACUAUUGGCUGUGAACACUAUAUACUGCUCAGUUCAGCUAAAGCAACAGGGUGCAGGAAGAGUUUAAACUAACAUGGUUAUUUACCCAGGCACAGCAACUGCCAUUUCCCCCAUGGAUACAGCGAAGGGGACCCUACUGUCCCAAAGGAACACGGGCACACUGGGCGGAGCAAAUGCGAGCUCAGGGCACGCUAUCCCAGCCGUUCCAGAGGGACUGACCCCUGGCUGGAACAUGCAGGCUGUUUGUGGGCCGUGUUCUGUCUGGGGAUGCUGUCCGUGGCUGCGUGGCCCUUCCUCAGAGCGCAUUGUUGUAACAAAUAGGGCACUGCUAGAUUUCCCCUCCUCCCCCCGGAAGAGAAUUUGACAAGGCUAAUCAUUCCUGGUUUUUUAACCUGGUAACAGCAGCUGCAAGCGUCUCCAGCUUGCCCCCUGGUUACGAGACAGAUGGUAGCUAGCGGCCUAUGGUCUGGGAGCUUGCUGUAUUGGGAGCGGUCAGUUUAAUCAGACCGAUGGGUUCCUGCGAAAUGCUGUCUCUGCUCCCGAUGGGUGGCACGGCCCUUCGUGCCCUGCUGGGUACUCUGAUUUUAAUGCUAAAUGACCAAAUUUAUCAUUUUAACAGGAAGACUAUCAUCGUUGUAAUGUUAAUAAGCAAAAAAAGGGAAACCCUGCUAAAUAGGUUUUAAUCUGUGGGGGGGAGAUCAGGGUCCUCGUGUUCUGACUGUGGGUUGCCUGGCUAGAGAGAGUGUUUUCACGCUAUUUCUAAUGGGGGGGAUUGCCUCGUUUGGCCAAACUAGCUAAUGACUGUUCAGAUUCCAUGGUUUCUAACAAUAAUCCAGUACCUAGCUGUUGUUUUGCCUUAUACACUACUUCUGUCCUCCUGUUGGUACCAGAUUGAUGAUUAUUCUGUAUAUUUACUCUCUAACCAGGAGGGGUUACAUUAAUCAUAGUUACUGAUCUAUUUUGUAUGUUGUAAAAAGCUUGUAAUAUAGGAUUAAGGUGGGCUUGUUGCAAGUAUACUAAAAUCCUCACCUUUAAACUGCUCUUUUUCUAUGAUGAUGGAAAUGUAUCCUUUUUAUGUUAGAACUAGGCAGCACUCAUGUUGAGGACCACUGCCCGGUUACAGGAAAUUUUGGGUUUGUUUUUUGUUUUUCUGGAGGAAAAAUAUCUGCCCAGCUUAGCUGGUUGGAAGAGAAGUUAAUGCACUGUGCAUUUUUGUUUAAAUAAAUUUUAAAAAAGGAAAAAAAGUAUUUCCCUGUAAUGUUCGCUUCCUGUGAGUCUUGUUUUGGAAGCAGAGGGGGUUCUUUUUAAAGGAAAAAAUAAAAACCAAUAAGCUUGAAAUUGCAUUUAAAUAAAAAUAAUAAAGAUGCACCUCUGUUCAAAUCGCAA